UUGAAAAUGGCGUCUAUUCACUAUUGCCUAUUACUUAGAUGAAUGAUGAAUAAAACACUAUUAUUUUUUUUAUCUGAGAUCCGAAUUUAUGUUUAGAGACACUACUAUAAUCUCUAAAAUCUCGUGUGCCUAUGUUUUACUAUAGUGUAAUCUUUCUAAAGGAAGCUUUGAGUUUCCGUUGUUAAGAAAUGGAAAGUGGUUGAUUCAGUGUUUACAUGAAUUCGGCGCGGUGCUUUCGUUCAAGAUGCUUCCGACGGUGGAAGAAAGUCGGGGCUACGAUUUUCAGGACCCAGAGAAUGUGGAUAAAUGGAAAGGUCUCUUCCUCAAUUCAUUCAAAAAGAUCUUAGAGAACCUACAUCCAACAUUAACAGCUGAAGAAAGUGGUCUAGAAUUUGUGGAGUCAUUAUGUCUUCGCUUGCUGUCUAUGCUUUGUGCCAUACCGGCUCCUGUCACAAUUCAGGAUGUAGAAGAAAGAGUGUCUCGAACUUUUCCAACUCCUCUAGACAGAUGGGCACUGCAAGAGGCAAGAGAUGUACAAAAGAAAAGAAAACUGCUACUGCCCGCUGAUAAGUUGCAUCAGCUCUUGCAAAAGGAGGUCCUGCCACACAAAAUUGACCCUUCAGUAACGGGUUUCAUGAUAGGAAUACUGGAGUAUAUAAGCACAGAUGUGUUGAGACUCUCUGGAACAUUUGUUAAGAAGAUCUCACAGAAGUCUGGAUAUCUUGUUAUUACUAGCAGCGAUAUAAAGACAGCUAUGUGUGCUGAUAAGCUUCUAAUGGACAUGUUCUACCAAGAAUCUGAACUGGCUGGAGUAGCAGCAGGUGUAUCAGCUCUUGACAGGGGUCGAAGAGCCUCCCUUACAUAUGGAGAGUUGGUGAGAGAUCUUUUGGCUGAUGAGAGAAACUUCCUGCGCGAUCUCAACCUUAUCAUCAGGGUAUUCAAGGAUGAGAUAGAGAAGAUCAUCUCUGAUACAUGGAAGAUAUCGCUAAUAUUUGGUAACAUAGUGGACAUUUAUGAGCUUACUGUCACCUUGCUUGGGAACUUGGAGGAUGCGAUGGAAAUGUCUCAGGAUUCACCGCAACCAUAUAUCGGAAGUUGUUUUGAAGAAUUAGCCGAAGUGGAAGAAUUCCGAGCGUACGUCCGAUAUGCAAAUAUUGUCACGAGAAAAGAGUCGAGGGAUGCCUUGCAAGAAAUCGUUGAUAACCCUGAGUACUCCGAGCGUCUUGAUACAGCGGGUCACGGUUUUCGACUAGCGGUGAAAUACUAUCUACCGAAGUUGUUAUUAACGCCCGUUUCUCACGUUUUCCUGUAUCAUAGCUACGUGUUGGCGUUGCUACAGAUAGCACCAACUAGUGACGAUAGGGAGAGUUUUAAACAGGUCGAAUGCAAUUUACAUCCCAUAAAAAAGUUAUUGACGAAAGCAUUAGGAAAUGGCCCUAAAAUUGAUACAGCAAUCCGAGGCGCGGCUAGAGCGAGACGGCAGCUCGCGAUAGAGAAGUGCAACGAGCUCGGGAAAUUAAUAGAUAAUUGGGAUACGAAAGAUGUGCCACAGUGCUGCAAUGAAUUUAUUAGAGAGGAUACGCUAUCAAAACUAGGCCCUGGAAAACGAGUUGCGGAAAGACGGGCGUUCCUAUUUGACGGUCUACUUCUUCUCUGUAAGCCGUCUACUAGCAUAGUCAGCGUAACUGUAAAUAGUAAUGCUGCGUCCGGUGGCCCUCAACAACUGAAGUUAAAGGAAAAACUUCAUAUUAGAAAACUAGAAAUUGUCGAUAAAAUUGACUGUGAAGAGGGCCGGAACCUAAUGGAACUAACACCCCGGAUCGGAGGACCAAUAGUUCUUUCGGCUGCUUCAGCCGCUGAAAAAAGAAAUUGGAUGUGCGACCUCGUUAUGCUGAACACCAAGCCAAUGCUUGAUAGAAGUUUGGACAGCAUAUUACUAGAACUAGAAAGGCGGCAUCCCCUAAAACUACCACCGGUGUCGUUAUAUCGCUUCGCGGAGCCCGACUCGCCUGAUAAUAUAGUGUUGGAAGAACGGGCAGGCCCUACCCCUCUUAUAAAGGGAGCCACCCUCUUAAAACUCGUAGAACGACUAACAUACCACAUCUACGCGGAUUUGAACCUCGUGCGAACAUUCCUAACCACCUACCGCUCAUUCUGCUCACCGGCCGAGCUGCUCGACCUGCUCAUUGAGCGGUUUCAUAUUCCGGAGCCGAGCGAGGUCUACGAUACACCCAGAACCUUCCCAAGGAUCAAGUUACCAAAAAAGGAUAUAAGUCCGCACGCGUCGCUUAUGGAUCUAGAUCUAAAUAUCGCUGAGUGCGUAGAAGAAAUGUCAGCGAGUAGCGAUGCUGAGAAGUUAAGUAAGAAUACGGCGCGGGAAGAUUGGAAGAGAUAUCGGAAAGAGUUCCAACAACCUGUCAAAUUUCGAGUAAUCAACGUACUAAGACACUGGGUGGACCAACAUUUCUACGACUUUGAACGUGACCCAGCAUUGCUCGAAAAAUUAAAGGAUUUUUUGGAGUCGGUUGAUGGGAAACCUAUGAAGAAAUGGGUGCAGAGUGUACUCAAAAUUGUACAGAGAAAGAGUUUUACCGGCGGCGAUACAGACAGCCUAGCAGGGGGCGUGGCACAUGUAUUCGAUCGUCUGCCACCUGCCACUUGCAAACACGUGGCAGACCCAGACAGAUACAACUGGCAUCCUCUUGCCUUACACCCGUUGGAAAUGGCCAGACAACUCACGCUGCUCGAGUUUCAGUUGUAUAAACAGGUUAAACCAUCAGAAUUAGUUGGUGCUGUAUGGACAAAGAAAGAUAAAGAAAAAACAAGUCCCAAUCUAUUGAAGAUUAUUAAACACACCACAAAUUUCACUCGAUGGAUGGAAAAAUGGGUUGUAGAAAGCGAAAAUGGGGAUGAACGAGCUGGGGUGAUAGCAAGGUUUCUAGAACUGGCUGUUUGUCUUCGGGACCUGAAUAACUUUAAUGGUGUUUUGGCUGUGGUCGCUGCCUGUGGAAGUGCCAGCGUUCAUAGAUUGAGGAAUACAUUUCAGCUGGUGCCUCUCCGUCUCCUUCGGGCUCUAGAACAAUUUCGCGCUUUGAACUCUGACCACUUCAAACGCUACCAAGAACGGCUUCGCAGUAUUAAUCCUCCAUGUGUGCCCUUUUGCGGGAUCUACCUCACGAACAUUCUGCAUAUUGAGGAGGGGAAUCUUGAUUACCUACCAAACUCGCAAUUAAUAAACUUUUCGAAGAGGAGAAAAGUAGCGGAAAUCACCGGUGAAAUUCAACAGUAUCAGAAUCAGCCAUAUUGUCUCACCAUCGAACCUAGGACAAGGACGUUUCUCGAAACGUUGGACCCGUUUCCGGGUAUGGACGACAAUGAAGUGACCAACUACCUCUACAAUAAAAGUUUGGAAAUCGAACCCAGACCUCCCACGAAGCCUACGCCCAAAUUUCCUAGAAAAUACCCAGAGCUUUCGGUGAAGCCGGUGAAGAUUCGUCGUUCAACGGAACAUCACCAGUCUUCUUCCAAUAUAUCCAGCAAUGAGGAUACGUUGAGUGUAGCCCAACUUUCACCAACAAGUAUGUGUACAUGGGAUGGCGCGUCUCUCGCUUCUUUACCUAUACAUCAGGACGAUAGAGGCGAUAGAUCUCUAACGAGUCCCCGGCUGGAGCGUUCAAGUUCUAGCUCAUUGGCUCAACUUGGCCAACUGAGUUUGUUUGACAAACUUGCAUUUUUUGACAAAAGCAAGUCAGUCGCUACACUUAAUAGCACCAGGAAUAGUAUGUCAGCGCGAGAUGAACCACCUUCGCCCAGAGAUAAUCAUUCGCCGCGGCAUGACCGAUGUAACAGCACAAGUUGUGUCUCCAAUAUGACAUCGAGUAUGGGGACUGUUCGGUCUAGGGGAGCGGCGUUGUCCCCUCGCGGGGCUAUUGUAGACGCGGAACUGUUUUACUCCCGAAGUAUGGACCACUUGGCUUGCAAGAGGAAUGAACAGGAAAGAGUCCCACCCUUACUACCUCGUCACAGCGCCUUAAGUUCUACCACUUCGCUGGCAGACCACGAACCGCCACCCCCACCACCUCACCACCACUUGCAUUCUAUAGCAGGUACAUCAGAUACGCCGGAUAUUGAUAAACCACUUCCCAGUCCGAAAAAUCCUGAGUUAUUUAGAAGUCCGGCCAUGUCUCCCAAACGUUCUCCCGCACCUCCACCUCCAGGCCUUCUUAACGCGAGCCCGCUCCAUCUAGAUAGGCCUCCUACGUUCAGUUUCCCUUCAGCCACAUCACCAUCAUCACUACAGCAGUCAUGCGAAUCCAGUUCGUGUGGGACUCCGCCACCACUCCCUCCACGUAGAAGACGAGACUCAGCCGCCACUCCCACUUUGCAUCAUGGAUCCUGGCAGGACAGUUCCCCUUCAGCGGCAGGCAACAGCCCGCCCCCCUUGCCCCCUCGACCACCACCCGCCCCAGAACUGCUUAGGCCUCAGAGCUCCGCCCUACUGCAAAGGAGACAUCACAGCGCGGGGCUUGCCCCCAGACUUCCACCGAAACCUCCACCGCCGGCCGUUGCGCCUCGCACCUAGCCCUUUUCAACAAAUAUCAAGACUGGACGUAAACGGAACGGAGAUAUGGCAAUACAGUAUAGAAAAAUAAUAAAAGGUGUGUAGGCAAUGCUGAUUUUUAUGUGAUAGCGGUUUUAGUAUAGUGUUCAAAAAUUCUAGGUACUUUUAGUUGUUAUCUACUAUAAGGCGAAAAGGAUCUUUGGAUCGUGUUGUACCUAAAACGAGGGUUUCUUCUGUAUUCUAAAACGCCAAUCAAACAAAUCUAGAUUGAAGAGUUGUCAAACUGUUUUUUUCUGUUUGACAUCUGACAGCUCUCCAGACGAGAUUGCGACUGGCUUGAUUAGAAUAUGGACCUUACUUGCUUUGAUAGUUGUGCGACUCGUAAAUAGAGUCAUCUGACAUUUUACAGUAGAGUAGAGUCAAGUUUUAAGCAAUAUAGUUUGUGUGUGUAAUUGCAGUAGUCUAUGUAAAGGCAAAAACUUGUACAGAUUAAAAAAAAAAUGUUAAUAUAAAUUUAACUUUAAUAAUACCAUAUAACUGACUACAAAAAUGCCUGAAGGUUUACAAUUCGACUUGUAUUUUUUAAUUCAUUGUAUUUAUUAUUAAGUAAAUAAUAAAAAUACUUCAUAAAGUUUGACAAAUACUACAGUCGAAUGUCGUCACGUGUUUUGAAUGGAAUUAGCCUAACUAAGUUAACUUGCCAGAGUUUGACAUAAUAAUGACAUCACAAUCAUUUGUAAAUAAUUAUUUAUAUCCGAUAAAUGACUCGUUCCUAUGAAUAUCGACGAAACUUGACAAAUGUGUAGUUUUACUUAUAGGUAAUGGUAGAUUUAGAAUGUACAAAUCCGCAUUGUCUUAAGCAGAAAAUUGUGUCCGCUACUUACAUAAGAAUACAGGCUCAAUAAUACAAAUAUAUACACACAAAAAUUUACAAGGGUAUAUAACCUAUAGCACAUUGUAUUAUUAAAAAAAAUGACUUAUGUACGUAGAGGGCACACAAUAUACAAGUAUUAGUUUUACAAUAUGUACAAAAUAUGAAAGCGCUUCCAUUUUUUUAUUUAAGUUUUUUAUCAAUAGAAUAACAAAACAUUCGCUCGUGGUUGAAAAGCGGUGAUUAAAAUGAAAUCAAUAAAUUGUUUUAUUUGAUAGGCUGACAAAUAAUUACUUCUAAACUCUAUAUUUUGUAAUUAUAAUUUUUCUGAUUUGAGAAAUUAAAUAACUAAUUAAUUCGUUUAUCAGCUAAGAUUCUCUUAAAAUGGCUCAUGAGCGAAUGAAUUCCUUAAAU